CUGUAGUGCUCAUUAUCGACUAAUAUGAAUUAAACUACACGUCCCGACGCCACGCUACGGGCUCUUAUACUUUUUGUGAAUAUGUAAUUGCGCUCGUACGACUGGUUGCUUCUAAAUUUGGCUUCGCAGUGGCAGGCUGCUACAGUCGGUGAGGUGAUCGCUCCGCCGGUGCUGUGUGGGGAUGUGAGCAUUCACGGAGGCUGUAGGAAAAUAACUGAUAAAUGCGUGACGACGGGACGCCGUGGAGAAGCUCAGUCGCGGACAAGCAAGGUCAUGAUGUGUCAAAAGUCGAUGCUUUGUAGAGAAAAUCUGAGAAAAUAGAGGAUUUGUUGUUAGUUUAGAGGGAGAAUAUCAAGCGCGCUGGAGAUUUUGGGAAAGACUGAGACAACUCUUGCUUCGAUUAUCACACUGAAUGGACUUUUGAAACACUGUCUAAAACAAUGACGUCCAGCCAAAGGUCCAAGGAUGUUUCCACUCUUCACGGAACCUGCACAUAGGCUGCAAACCGGCCACUGACUGACCUUUUACGCACGGGAAAAAGAUCCGUGCUCACACAAUUUGUUUUCUUCUUUAUGUGGAUGAACUUUGCAAUACAUUUUAAAUGAUUCGCGAUCUGAGCAAGAUGUACCCCCCGGCACGGCAUCCGCCGGGACAGCCGUUAAAGUUCACUGUCACCGAGUCCUGCGACCGGAUCAAGGAGGAGUUCCACUUCCUACAAGCCCAGUACCACAGUCUGAAAUUGGAGUGUGAGAAACUGGCCAGUGACAAAACUGAGAUGCAGAGACACUAUGUUAUGUACUACGAAAUGUCAUACGGACUCAACAUCGAGAUGCACAAGCAGGCGGAGAUCGUCAAACGGCUGAAUGCAAUCUGCGCCCAAGUCAUCCCCUUCCUCUCUCAAGAGCAUCAGCAGCAGGUUGUGCAGGCGGUGGAGCGGGCCAAGCAGGUCACCAUGGCUGAACUCAACGCCAUCAUAGGACAGCAGCAGCUCCAGGCUCAGCACCUCUCCCACGGCCACGCCAUCCCCAUCCCGCUCACACCACACCCAGCGGGCCUUCAGCCCCCCCUGCCCCCAGGGGCCGGUACUGCCAGCCUGCUGGCUCUGUCCUCCGCACUGAGCCACCAGCUGCCGCUCAAAAACGAGAGGAAACACCACGACAACAACAACAGCGAACACCCGAGAGACAGAGACUCGGUCAAGAGCUCAUCUGUGUCUCCCUCGGCCAGUUUUCGGACCCGAGAGAAGCACAGGAGUUCAAGUGAUUACUCCUCCGACAGCAAGAAACAGAAGACAGAUGACAAGGAGUUGGCCUCUACACGCUAUGAAAGCGAUGGAGAGAAGAGUGACGACAACUUAGUAGUGGAUGUCUCCAAUGAGGAUCCAGCGUCUCCUAGAGGAAGUCCUGCCCACUCGCCUCGGGAGAACGGAUUGGACAAGAGUCGCCUGUUGAAGAAGGAUGCUCCGCUGAGUCCGUCCUCCAUCGCCUCCUCCAGCAGCACACCUUCAUCCAAAUCCAAAGAGAUUAAUGUGAAUGAGAAGGCCACAACACCUGUGUCCAAGUCCAGCACCCCCACAUCCCGCUCUGACGCCCCGACACCCAGCAGCACCUCCACCCCGGGCCUGAGGUCUGUACCCAGUAAACCGCCAGGAGUCGAGACGCUGGCUCCUGGUCUCCGUACGCCGUUGGCAGUGCCGUGCUCAUACCCCAGUCCGUUUGGAAUGGUUCCUCACCCGGGUAUGAAUGGAGAGCUGAGUGGAGCCGGAGCAGCCUACACCGGCCUGCAUAACAUUUCUCCACAGAUGAGUGUGGUGGCUGCUGCUGCAGUGGCAGCUUAUGGACGCACACAAGUGGUGGGAUUUGAUCCUCACCACCACAUACGUGUCCCUGGACUUCCUCCCAACCUCUCGGGCAUUCCUGGUGGAAAACCAGCUUACUCCUUUCAUGUCAGCGCUGAUGGACAAAUGCAGCCUGUGCCUUUUCCUCCGGACGCACUGAUUGGCCCUGGCAUCCCGCGCCACGCACGACAGAUUAAUACUCUCAGCCACGGGGAGGUGGUGUGUGCUGUCACCAUCAGUAACCCAACGCGUCAUGUCUACACCGGCGGCAAGGGCUGCGUCAAGGUGUGGGACAUCAGUCACCCGGGAAACAAGACCCCUGUAUCCCAGCUGGACUGCCUUAACAGAGAUAACUACAUCCGUUCCUGUCGGCUACUUCCGGAUGGACGGACUCUCAUUGUUGGGGGCGAGGCGAGUACUUUGUCAAUCUGGGAUUUGGCAACACCAACUCCACGAAUCAAGGCUGAACUAACUUCGUCAGCACCUGCGUGUUAUGCUCUGGCCAUCAGCCCCGACUCCAAGGUCUGCUUUUCCUGCUGCUCUGAUGGAAACAUAGCCGUGUGGGAUCUUCAUAACCAGACUCUGGUUAGGCAGUUCCAGGGCCACACCGAUGGAGCCAGCUGUAUAGACAUCUCUAAUGAUGGGACAAAGCUGUGGACUGGAGGCCUGGAUAACACUGUCCGGUCCUGGGACCUGAGAGAGGGACGGCAGCUGCAGCAGCACGACUUCACCUCCCAGAUCUUCUCACUGGGAUACUGUCCAACGGGCGAGUGGCUGGCAGUCGGGAUGGAGAACAACAAUGUGGAGGUCCUUCAUGUUACCAAACCUGACAAGUACCAGCUCCACCUGCAUGAAAGCUGUGUCCUCUCACUCAGAUUUGCUCACUGUGGGAAGUGGUUUGUGAGCACAGGAAAAGACAACCUGCUCAACGCAUGGAGAACCCCCUAUGGGGCCAGCAUAUUCCAGUCAAAGGAGUCGUCCUCAGUGCUGAGCUGUGACAUCUCCACAGAUGACAAGUACAUUGUGACGGGCUCAGGAGAUAAGAAAGCAACUGUCUACGAGGUCAACUACUAGGAAGGCUCGACCACUUCCAUUCAGGCACUCUGCGGUGUCACCAACACCUAUGUACAAUUCUUAAUGUAUAAAAUGGAUUUGAAUGGAACUAACCAAACAGACUCUUGGACAGGAGCGUUUUUCAACUUCAAAAUGAAGAAGCAGAACCUAGCAGAGAUUUUCUUUUUUUUUCUUCUUACUUGUGUCUUCUUAAUUGUCUUACUUUGUUGUUAUUGUGAGGAUGAAUGAAUGUCCAUGUGCACUGAAUCUAGAGAGGAUACUUUUGGCUAUAUAACAUUCCUAAACUUUUAGGCCUCUUUUUUUACCAACAUAUUUGUACAGAUAAGCAGCUACAACACAAGUGUAGUUGUUCACAUGCUUUCCUUUCGUACUUUGUUAUACCUGAAGGCUAUAAAAACAUUGUGGCUGGAUCAUUCCCGGCUGACACCAGAACAUUUUCUCUGAGAUCUUCCAAUUUGGCACAACAUAAACAUACUUACCUAAAAAUGGCAACACUUGAAAGGGUUACUAUUGGUUCUUGUAAAUAUUACAAAGAAUUUUCUCUUUUAAAACUUUGUUUUUCUGUUCAGAGUCUGCUGCCAAACUUAUUCCACACCCUGAUAUACUGUUUAUGUGCUUAAUUGCAUCUUUAAGGGGUGUAGCUUUCAUUUUUGUAGAUGCACAUGACAAACACACAACAACUAUAUCCAAGGCUUUAUUCAGUAACAACUUCCUGUGGAUAAAUUGUAUUGUUCUGUGUUUUGAUUGACCUGGACAGCUUGAAUUACUACUGUAAAUGCAGUGUUGCCAUUUUUUUUUAUUACAUUUUGGUUCUGUUUCCUGCUUGCUUUCAGGCACUUCAUGUUAAUACCUCAUACCAAAUUUGCCUUUUUUAAAUGUUAAUACACUUUUUGUUUGUUAUGUUUGUCUAAAUUAGUAAAAUCAGCAUUCCACAUGUGAAAAACAUCACAUUUUCAUUCCAUAACAAAUGCAUGCUGAACAUAGUGAUUACACAAACAAAAUACAACAUGUUGAUUAGUGAGCUGUACAGGUGCUAGUAAGCUGAUUAUGUUGCCAGACUUUAUGCUAAGCUAAGAUAACUGGCUAUAACUUCAUAUUUACCUUUCACACGCGAGUGUGUAGAUCUCCUCAUCUAACUCUCAGCAAAUUAUCACUCAGUCACUGCGUGUGUGUUUUUGUGUGUGUGUGUGUGUGUGUGUGUGUGUGUGUGUGUGUGCGUGUGCGCUGCGACCCAGUGGGAGUUGAUCAAACAAACUCACAAGAUUGCCCUCGGUCCCCUCACUACUGUGUGACCUUUGCUCUUGGUUCUGCCCCCUCAGUUCAGACUCCUCUGGAUGCUCACUGGAUUCUGUGUGACAGAUUUCAGUGAAACUGUUUGAUUGGUGUUUGGAGGUCAACCAGCUCUUCAUUUCCUGCCUGGAGUUUUAUGUUUAGACUUUUGGAAACUUUUCUGAAAAACAAGUGGUCAACAAUACGCUUGUGAUUUCUCUUGGAUAUACUUCUAUCGGCUUGUAGAAAUAACACAGUGCCUUUAUGCUGCUGCGCUUCUGAUUCCAUUUCGUCCUGCUGAGGGUUCAACUACACAGCGAUGAAACGAGAUGGACUCUGCUAUUAGGUUUUUAACAAAAUACUGUUUUUGAGUUCAACAUUUAAGGAUGAAUUUUAUUAAAAAAAAAAAAUAAUAAAAAGAUCAGUCAUGAGCAAAUUAACACAAACGGUAACCCAGAUUAUCCAGUCCAAUUUGUAUCGAUUGUCUGUUGUUCACUUUGAAGUAAUCAGGACCAAACUCCUCUUUGUCGCCCGCUUUGCUUAACAAAUGCAUGGGAUGGAAAAUAUACUAUUCAUGGCUACUGCUGUCUCAGUCUUUGUCUUGUCUUUUUGAUUGUUUGAAGUAUGGUGCCAUUAACUACAAGUUUUUGAAGCUACAAUAUUCUUCACCGUACUUUUUCUUUCUGCUUUCAAGCUUUGUUCUUAUUGCUAUUGCAUUUCUGUUGCAUAAUCCCCAUGCCCAAAUGGCACUCACCUCACUUGUAUUGUUAUUUUAAUCCCAGGAGUGGCAUAUUAUAGCUUUAUCUUCCAGUUCUAGACUCCUUGAGUGCAAAAGACGUGCUCAACCUGUAAAUCAAGAAGGAAAAGCAGGUAGCAAUGAGCCAAGAGAGAUUUCCAGGUUUUACUGUUUAUGGGAUUAAAAUAACAUAAGGAUUGGUUACUCUCUCUGAUUUACUUUUCAAACUGAUGAAGGGUGCAGUGUUCAUACCUAGUUCUAACCUGCCUGACACCUAACUUCCUGUCUGAUAAUUUUACUGUAGGUCUGAAUAGUAUAUUAAAAUCAGAAAAAGAUCAGUAUGUGUGAGUCUGGGACACUCAUGCAAGUAUUAAGUCUUCUCUAGGUUUCUGAGCAUGCCCUUCUCGAGUUAAAUGCCAAUGAGAAACCUAUUUAAAGAUUGCCAUUUCUUUUUAAAAUGUCUUUAGGAUAUUUUUGUGGCUGUGACACAGACGUAAUCAAUUUGAGUUGAGAAACUACUGAUAAUAACUGCACUGGUGUGAAUGUAAAGGGAUAUUUUGCAGCAAAGCCACUGAGACUAAGUCUAAUGAGUUUGAUACAGGAGGGACCCUAUGUAAGAUAUUACACUGUUAUGACUGAUAUUUUUGUAAUUUCUUUGACAGACACACACAGUGACACUGUACUGUGUUUGUUUUUCACAGUGUUUGCCUUAUUCUGUGCUUUCUUUCUAAAUUUGAAACAUCUCUGUGUUUGCUGCAGUCAGCUAUACGCUUUCAAAUUAAAGUGACAAUUUGUUCACCUUGCUGUCUUUGACUUCUCAGCUGCGUUUUCUGCUAAAUAGCUACUGUGCGGCCUAUGUCCCCAUUAAUAAUAGGAAAAUAUAAAAUA